AUGACAGCAAACGACUUGCAACAUUUUACUAGUCCAGAUGUAAAGAGUAUUGCAGCUGACGAAACAUCAUUGACGUCCGCUCCAACUGAUUUACGAAACGAUCAGUCGUCAGAGGAGCAAAAAUUAUCAUCAUCUACAUCUAAGUGCAAAGACAUAGUUGUAGCAAAUCGUGAAUGGUCAUGUUGGUCGUAUCCUCCAUAUUGCGAACUAUGCAGUGUACAUUUCAACAGUGAGCAAAAUGCAAAAAUCCAUUUUGAUAGUCCAAAGAAUCAUCGUAAUCGUUUACAUCUUUGGAAGAGGUACAUGCAGAGUGAAAAGGAAAAAAGAAACGUGAAGGACGAAUUAUCGUUUGCAUCCAUCAAAGAACAACAAGAGCAACAGACUAAAGCCGCUAGUUCUAGUCCAUUAAUAGUUUGUACUAUAUGUUGGGUAGAAUUAAACACACAAACAAUGUUAGAUAGACAUAAAGAAAGUCCGGCACAUCAGAAAGUGGAAAAAAAUAGUUCAGCAAAAUAG